AUGAAUGAACAAAAUAAAUUUCAAGUUGUAGCAGAACAAGAAGGUAAAGUUUUUAAAGAGUGUACAAUCAAAGAGAAGCAAUUUUAUGAGUCAUUAUCACCAGACAAUGAAUUAUCGAAAUUGAUACCCAAAUAUUAUGGUACAGUGAUACAAGAUGGUAAGGAAUGGAUAGUGUUGGAAGAUUUAACCUAUGGAUAUAGUAAACCAAAUAUAAUGGAUAUUAAAUUAGGUCUAUCACAUCAUGAUGUAGAUUUAGAGACUAUCUAUAGUCCACCAUCAUCCAAUGAUCCAAAUGUAAACUUUGAAACUUUAAAACGACAAGCAAACAUGUCACUCCAUAAGGAACUCUAUGAAAGUUGGUUACUUUCAAAAUAUAUAACCACUCCAAAACUUGGUUUUUGUGUUUGCGGAUCACAAAAAUAUAAUUGUUGUACCAAUCAAUUGGAAAAGAUUCAAAAAGAACAAGGUCGUACAUUCACUGCAGUCACUGUAAAAGAUAAACUUUAUGAUUUCUUUCAUAAUGGUAUAAAAUUUAGACCUGAAAUCAUUGAAUCAAUGAUAAAUAGAUUAUCAUUAUUUAAAGACUUUUUUGAAAAUAAUCCUGAUUAUAGAUUUAGAUCAACAUCAAUUUUAUUCCUUUAUGAAGGUGAUUGCGAAUUUAGUAAUAGAUGUGAUAUUAGAUUAAUUGAUUUCACUCAUACCAAACUUUAUCCAUCUCAUAUGAAACCACAUUCUUCAAAACUGUCACAUUACAAAUCUAUUGAUGUAAAUAAUAUUGAUUCAAAAACUACUUCCAUCACCUCUGGUUUCGAUCAUGAAACUUAUUUCCCAAUCGAUGGUGGUUAUUUAUUUGGUAUCACAAAUCUUUUAAAAAUUUUAAAUUCUUUAAAAAAUAAACAACAACCUCAACAACCACAAAAAUAA